GGCAUACAAAGCGGGAGGAUGUGCCCGGGGCUUUCACUGUUGGAGAGGAGGAGGACGCUGCAGCAAGAAAGCUCGGACCUUCGCGAGAGCUGCAGACUCUGGUUUGCGCGAUUCGGCAGCAGUGGGACGAACUGCUCCAAUUGCUCACAGACGGCCUUCACCGAGCGUGAUCAGGCGUUCGAGAGUUCCCAGCAAUCCUGUCCGUGUCACGUCAAUCGUGAGCUUGUUCUUGCGCCAAUCGUCCUGACUUUCUCGAGAGCUCGGACAGUUCCUCACGAUUAUGCAAUGUUAGUGCGGCGCCGAGGUGGUGAUCGGGGUACGGUUUCUUAGAUUGGACUCGAGAGUCUCGGAGCCACCUUCGCCUCAUCGGUGGUGCAGUGCAGAGAGAGACCCGGCUUCGGAGCUGAUUCGUCAUGGACCACAAACAGUUGAACAAGGAGCAGCUGGCGGAGCUGCAGGACAUGUUUGAGAGAUUUGACAGGGACCGCGAUGGGAGUAUCACAAUGUUGGAGAUGGGCGCACUCUUGCGAUCUCUAGAUCUUAAACCCGAGAAUGCUCAGUUGUUCGAGGAGAUGUUAAUCAAGGCGGAUGCCAACCACAACGGACUGAUAGAGUUUGCGGAGUUCGCCGACCUCGUCGCUCCUGAGAUGCUCCGCGAGGUCCGCUACAACCAAGAGGAGCUUCUAGCAUUGUUCCGGGCCUUCGACCGCGACGGAAACGGGUUCAUCACGGCCGUCGAGCUCGCGCAGUCUAUGGCUCGUCUGGGACACACCUUGACGGUGAAGGAGCUGGCCGACAUGAUCAGAGAAGCGGACACCGACGGGGACGGCAGAAUAAGCUUCACGGAAUUCGCCGCUGCAAUUUGUACUGCGGCUUUGGAGAACCAAACUGCGGCCACCAGUUCUAUCGGAGUCUGUUAGCGGCGGAGCGCGCCUGCCUUCGACGACGGUGGCGGGCUUUGGGAAUUGCCGGCGCCGUCUGCACAUUCUGUGACAUGUACAUCUACGUUUGCAUUUUGGACUAACUUCUGAAUCUUGUCUCUCGACUCGUAUGCACCGAGCAUGGCCAGCGCGACCGCAUAAUUGCCGUUCAUACAUCCCAUUUCAUUUUGUACAGACUUCAGCUGCUGUUGAGAGCGAUGCAGCGGUUGGUAGAGGCUGCAACGCCGCUUGCAGCAACGACGAAACGCGGGUAUAUUUUAUUUUGAAGGUGAUCAGUAUAAGGAGCCGUAAAGAUCUGGAGAAGAGUUUCUUGUUGGGAAGUGCUGAACACCACCUUAAGGUUUUUGACGUGUAUGGAACCUACGAGUGAUACCGAGUAAACAGUCAAUCACGAUCUCAUCUGUGCUACAAUGGAGCAGCCCAAGUCUCUAUUUCUCUCUCUGUCUCUCUCCCACUCCUAUGAUGCGGGUCGUGCGUUUAGAACGAGAUUACCUAUUUUUGUGAACGCAAUUGGACAAGUUUAUUCCAGGUAGUUUAUCGAACUUUUUUAUACCUUGUUGUUAAAUGGUCGAGAAUAUAUUUUUGGAUUCAAUACACGCUGAUGGAGACUUUAAUACUGAAUGAUGGAGACUUUAAUACUCGUGACAUCUUCGUCGUUUUAUCACACGUUUCGUUGCAAAGGUGCGGUCUUUCAAAAAGCAUACGCUGAGGCGAAUUCUGUCUCCCGGCGAGCUCCGGCCCACCCUGCGGUGUUCAAAACUCUGGAAAGAAUGCGUUCUAUUUCGUUCCAUGUGAGGGUUGCGUGGCGACUGGGUUCCACUUCGUAUCAUGAUGGUUUUAUCCUUUACUGUGGACAGUAUAUUUUACUCACCACACAUACGACCUUAAGAAUAACUGCUCGUUGAAGGCAGCUUCUAUUGAUAGAGACUACACACUCCUUAACACUCUAGCGACACAUGCCCGGAUAGAAGGCAGUGUACAGAACAUGUACUACUUCCUCCAAGCGAAAUUGAAGUGUACAUCCUGAGGCUGGUUGAUCACGAUUGGCUUUACACGAAGCUGGCUGACUGUGAGUAGACCUAGUUGCCCUUCGAAUAACCAUUCCAGGGUUUGUUUGUGCAAGAGCAUGAAAAUCCUCUCCAGGUUCUUGGUGUAUUAUAAUUAUACUCCCCAAACAAAGUUUGCGUCUUACUUUUCCCAAACGGACGGAAGGUAGUGUUCACACGAAAAUAUGCACAUGUGCACAGCAUCUUUACUUCAUCUGGGCCAAGUAAUGAGAACUCUCC